UGACAGUCCAAAUUGUAAAUGUGGUCUUGAAUCCAGUAUUCUCUUUACACACCCACUUUCUCUCUCUUUUUCUUUUACCAGCUACUGCAUUUUGAUUUCGAAAAACCCUAGAUUUCAAAUCUUGGGUUUUGUUGUUUGUCAGAGUAAGGUGAGAGAACCUGUGAGGUUAUUGAGCUUUUUGGGUGGUCUAGCUUUCUUAGCUUCCGAUUCUACUGCACAUUUCCAGUUCAAAAAAUUGAGCUGAGCUUUGGGUUUGUUGGGAGGAAAUUAGUUGUUACUGACAUCAUUUUGUCUGUUAAGUUUGGGUGUUUGAAUCACAAUAUUUCAUGCUCUCUUUGUUAUUCAUUCUGAGAGAUAUCUCCGGGAAAUCGUCUUAAAGUUUCCAUCUUUUCGUGUUUUCAAGGGCUCUACAAGUUUUUACGCCCACGGCGCUCGCUUUUUCUCGAGUUUUCGAAGUUUGGAUUGGGACUGGAUACUCAAAUUUCUUGUCAUUACUGCAACAAUUUCAUCGGAAGAGAAAAAAACCCUCUUAAGUCUCUUUUGGCUGGAAUUCCUUUUGUAGUGUGGGUGGUGAUUUGGAGUAUGUAGUUCAGUUCAGAAUUUGGGUUUAAAGGGGAGUUUCAGGACACCAUCUUUAGUCGCCUAAGUUAAUGAGCUUCUAUUGUUAUCUUGCGUUUUGUUCAGUUCCAUAUUCGGUUUAGAGGGUUGCCAACCCUGUUUUCACCACCAAAUAAAGACAGAAAUUGGUCUUGACCUGGUGCCAUUUCUCUUAGUAAAUGCAUGGAUGGGAGAGAAGGCAUGGCAUUGUCUGGUGGAUCGUCUUCAUAUUACAUUCAUAGAGGAGGGAUACGUGGGUCAGGGUCCGGAUCACAAGCUGGUGAAUUGCAUCUUGCUUCUGGAUUCAGAUCCUUUUCAAAUCCUAACCUGCAGCCUCAGUCCAAUGCCCAGCCUGGCACUGCAUUUUCCAUAGAGCCCUCUCCACAAGCCAAUUUUGGUCAUAAUAUAAAUGUUGGGUUGCCACAGGCCGACCCACCGGUGAAGAAGAAGCGGGGAAGGCCCCGUAAAUAUGCCCCGGAUGGGCAAGUUUCAUUGGGUCUUUUGCCCCUCCCGGUUAGGCCUAAGCCAUCUUCUGGGUCAGACCCUAUGACCCCUAAAAGAUGUAGGGGGCGACCUCCUGGGACUGGGAGGAAGCAGCAGUUGUCACUACUUGGUGAGUGGAUGAACAGUUCAGCUGGUCUAGCUUUUGCACCACAUGUAGCCACGAUCGCAGUUGGAGAGGACAUUGUUACGAAAAUACUAUCAUUUGCCCAGCAAAGGCCAAGGGCUGUGUGCAUUCUUUCUGGCACAGGCACAGUUUCUACAAUAACACUGCAUCAGCCAGUAUCUUCAAAGCCCUCUGUCACAUAUGAGGGUCGUUUUCAAAUAUUAUGCUUGUCAGGUUCCUACUUGGUCGCUGAAGAUGGUGGUCCUCGCAGUCGAACUGGUGGCAUGAGCGCCUCUCUUUCUAGUCCUGAUGGUCAUGUCAUUGGUGGUGCGGUUGCGACGCUUAUCGCAGCAACUCCAGUUCAGGUGGUGUUGUGCAGUUUUGUAUACGGUGGUUCCAAGUCCAAGGAUAAACAUGUGGAUGCUCCCAAAGAUGAGGGGGAGUCGGCCCAUCGACCUGAUGAUAAUUCGGUCACCCCAAAAUCAUCUGUACCAACUAGCAUACCAUCUCAAAAUUAUAACCCCUCUCCAGUGAACACUUGGCCUAAUUUGCGGCCAGUCGAUCAUAGAAAUCCUCAUGCUGAUAUCGACUUGACCCGUGGAUGACUUUUCUGCAACAAGACACAUGGUAGGUUUGUAUAUAGGUGGUGUUGUAAAUGCAUUGAAUUUGUGGGAAAAUUAAGAACUUUUAGUUCCUUGUCUGCCCAUUUAGGGGGCUAAUGAGCUUGCGCUAACAUAGUUUUACUAUGUGGAAGUCUUCAAAUUGGGGUUCUAAGUUAACAGUGAAGGUCUAUGGAGAGGCUCUGUGCGGUAUGUAGGUCUGUAAUACAUUUGUUUGUAGCUACAACUAGUCAACAUAUAUGCGGUACGAUGAUCUGCAACACGAUCAAUGUUGUUUUUUAUGACGAGGAACCAUGGAAUUCCGGAUACUUGGAUCGUCCCUCUCCCCAAGUACCUAAUAU